AUGGCUUCUAAACUUGAAAGUUGGUGGUCUGGGUCUUACCCAGCCUUUUCAAUGAAACACUAUGAGACUUGGCUCAUCUAUAAUAAACUCAUCUCAGCAGUCUCAGCAGAGGAACAUUUCACCAAAACAACUGAAACAGGUCAAGAGGCCUAUUGGGUAAUUGACAAUUGCGAUAUCUAUGAGUGGUUCGACUCAACAAGCCAAACUGGGGAAAAGUUUGGGCACGACAAGAACUCAGAUACUUGGUUUUACGAGCAUUGGUUCGUAGAAGAAGGCAUUCACAUUGUUGCAAAAACUUGGCAUAAGUGCCCAAUAUAUAUAACAAUGGUAUGGUGCAUUGACGUCCUCUUAAGGCUUGCUCUGUGAGCUCAUGUUAGCGGGACCUUUUGGAAGAGAUGGGAGAGCUUAAAAGAUUUGUGUCCACAGAUUUUUGGGCAUUUUAGAUGGAGCGCAAUACUGGGAUGACCAUGAUAAGCCAGGACUCUCACCCUAAAUGGUAUUUUUGCUGGUGGCGAGGUAAAACUGUAGCUGGAAGGCUCUAAAGAGAGUUUUGUUCCGUCUGGAAAUAUCUAGCACAAUAUCAUGAGCUCCAUUUUCAUCAACAACUCGGGUAGGUUUUUUUUUUAAAUUUUCUGGUAGGCUUAUAGCGAGUAAAUGACCCAGCUUCUCUGACUUCUGGUAGCAAGUGCAGACACUCGUCCACGAGAACAAAACAAUGGAAUGUCCUGUUUGACUGGCAAGUAAGUGGUGGAAUGAUAAUUAGAGGCAAGUAGUGAUCUUCAGGCCCAUCGGGACUUCUUGAUAAGUAAUUUUAGUUUUUUUAUUUUAUGGUAUAAGUACCCACAUGAAUGGGGUGUGGUGAUCAAAUACCUCCCUGACCACGAAGUUCAUACCACCUGGGAGCUUGGACCAAUCGUUAAAAGCUUUGAAGAGUCCACGAAGAUAGGAGAUGUCACUAAUGGAACCAAACAAUGUGUUAGAUGCACUCCUGAAGGUCUUGAAGAUUACACUGAAAAAUUCUGGAGUGACCCAACAAGGUUAUUUUUUUUUAUCUAUAAAAAAGACUUUUUAUAUAAUUUUUUACUAAAUUUCUGGUUAUAUAUUUUUUUUAAUAUUAAUCUUAAUUCCCAACAAGCUCAGGAAAGGAAAAGGUCUGGACUUUAGGCACAUCUAGAGGAGAAGAAAAAGAAUACCAAGAAGGAGACAAGAAAUGGGGAGAAAGCUGGAAAGAUGACCCAGAUUUCGAUUUCAAUGAGAAAAAAGAAUGGAAACAGGAAGGUGACAAAUACACUGGGCUCGAUACUGGCAAGAAAGGAGAUCUCAGCUGGGAAGAAAAAAGAGAGAAAACUCCUGAACACGAAUCUCAAGAAAAAACUUGGACUCGUGGAGACAAGAAAUGGGGUUUCGUCAAAGACAAAAAACCUGACCAAGCAUACAAGAUGGAUUGGGAAGGCAAAAAACCAGAAGUCGGCACCGAAGGCGCAAAAGCUGCAGUUGCUAUGGAAAGAGCUAAAAUGGUCGUCCCACUUACCGAUCUUUUCAGAAAGUGUUUAUGUUUAUUAAACUUAUUCAGAAGUCCGCUGUAUUCCUAUCUCCCCUGACUUUCCUUUCACCUGGCUGCCAAUUUGUGCACAAAAUCUCAAAGGUUGCUCCUUCCAGGAAGAAGUCUUGUACUCGCUCCCUGAUAUUUGGGUGAUUCGUGUUGCUAUGCUAUACGCCGAGAAAGGUUGCCCACUAUGGAAAAAUCAAUAAUAGGAUUGAAUUUUCUUGUUGGCUCUUGGUCAAAUAAAAAUCCGAAGUUCAGGGCAUAACUCCUGGUUUAACAUUGGAAAAUAGCCCAAAUGGCCUCUGAUGUUGCUGGGAAAUCCAGCUCCAACUCUCGGCUUCGUUCACAUCUGAGUGAUCUUGGAGUAUAACUUGUGGUUGUCUACUCGAUAUUGCGCUUCACCAAACCGAAAAAAAGGCAAGAUAUAUGUCCCGAAUGCAAACUUCCUCCCGUGGUGUCUGGCGCGAUUCGAGAACGAAGCCAGUUGGAUGCAUCAAAGAUGGUGGGUUGGUUGCCACGCCAUUUCAAUAUAUUCUUUCAGAAAGCAAAAAGCCGAAGUUGAUGCAUCUCAAGACACCUUGAAAAGCUUAGUCGCUAUGACUCCUGACCUUCAAGAAGAGGCUGCAAAGCUAGCUGACGCCAUCAGUGCUUUAGAAGAUCCAAAUUUCGACGAUCCUCUUUCAAUUGUUGCCAAACUUAAUGAACUUACUGAUCUCCAAAAUAAGCUAGAAGACCUCAAACAAAAAUCGUUCAAAGGUAUUUCUGACCAAAGUGUCACCUCAGCUCAGCUUAAUAAAAUCCUUGACGCUGAUGAUGCAAUUGUCUCUGCCCUUCUACCUAUCAUUAAGCCAGAUAGAGUUCAUCCUUUCCUCCACGAGCACGCUGGAGUCAAAAAAGACAGAGAAAACGCAGUUUCACUACAAGACGGAGUUCACGUCAACGAUAGAUACCAAAACCUUGCAAAAUCUCUUAUUAAGAUGAUUGGAGUUGGCACUUUUGACGGAGAAGAAACUCCUGAAGAAACCCAAGCUAUCAAUAACAAGCUUGCAAGACCUAUCAAAGAACUUGCUGAUACCCUUCACAAAGGAGAAAGCACUUUGGAUAAGAUUGAAGCCAACUACAAGCCUAAUGAUGAAAUUACUCAACAAAUCAGAGCUGGCCAACACCAGAGACUUGCAGAAAUCGAUGAAGGUAUCGCUAGUGGCCAAAGGUAUAACAUCUUGAUUGACCAAAUCUUCAGACUUGCUAGAGACCAAGAAGACUUCAAGAGAGAACUCAUGGGUGAAGACCUUGUUCAGAAAAUCGCCGAUAUUAGUGCUAAAGAUGCAGAACUCGCCAAAGAACUCGCAGUGACCCUUGAAAAGCCUGAACUUCCUAUUAUUAAGACUUUGUCUGAGCUAGAAGUUCCUAAUCAACUCGCUCCUCAAGUCGAAAAGCUUGGCAGAUGGACAAAUGUACUCAGAGCUUUAUUAGGUAAACUUAUUGGCAUGGACGAUGACACCGCUAAUGAAGACAACCAAGAAAUCAACGACUCAAUCAAAAAGAGAGGUAAAGGAGAAUGCGUUCUUCCUUAUGACCCAGUCACUCUUCUCAAGUUCUUAUUAGUUAACGGGAAAAUCACCCAAGAUGCAGUUUCUCGCAACAUUAAAGAUUUAGCUGAAGGAGUUGGUGACGAAAGUGACCAAGAACAAGCCAAUGAAGUCUGUGAGCAAGGAAUCAAUUCAGUAACUGGAGUUGUCCCUGACACUGCAAGAGAAGCGCUUAUCACUAUUAAGACCACCAUUGAAGAGCUGUUCCCAGCCAUUUCAAAUGAAGAAGAACUUUUGGAAUUUUUGAUUCAAAAAUCCAAAGAUGCUGUCAGUCAAGCAGCAAGCUCAGGUGGAGCAGGAGGCAGAAGACCUAAAGCUGUAAGAGUCAGGUCCAAGAAAGGAGCAGGCCCACAGUCAGCUAUCGACAUCACUGAUUUAGCCACUGAAUCUGUCAAAGACUCCUUCGAAACCUUAGAAGGCAUGGGUGCUCUGAUCUAUGGAAGCAAACCAAAUAUUGACGAGAGAGUCAGCGAGCUUAGAAAGUUCAAGGAUGAGGUCAACAACAAUAUGCAAGAAAACAGAACCAACAUGGAAACUGUCAGUGACGUUUUCAAUGUCCUCAAUGACUUGGAAAAAGAAAAGAGAGAAUUCGUAAUGGCUCCUGAUAUUUUCAAGAACUUAUAUACAACUCUUAAUAAGGCUCACAGACUUGUUGACAAUGGUUCGAAAUUCUUCAAUGUCCCUGUCCCUCCUGAAGUUGAAGAACUUAAAGACAAGCCGGCCGAAAACCUUGCCGACUUGACAAAGAGAAUUGGGUACAUCAUUAACGUCUACUUCAGAAUGACUGGACUCCCUGAAGAUGACGAAAACGUUGACGCAGCAGUUGCAGCUUUGACCAAGAAGCAAACAGCAGCUUCAUUGCCAUUUGACCCAGUUGAACUUCUCCAUUCCCUCAGAAUGAAAAAGGAUAACGAUACUGACAGACUUCUCUGGCUUGCUGGACUUGUAGGAAGCGAUGAACAGCUUGCAGAAGCCAAAGACCUCGUCAAUAGUAUCCACGAAGCCGUCCAUGAUGAAAUUCCAGACAACAAUACCAGAGCUCUUGAACUUUUGGAUGAUUACUUGAAGACUUACCCAGAACUUGAGAAAGAAGUUGAAAGAAGACUAACUCCCCCCCCUCCCGUGAGCGAACAAAACCAUUAGAAAAAUCGCCAUUUUUUGACCAAAAACCCACCCUCCGUGAGUGAACAAAAAUUUUUUUAAUAGAAAAAAUUUUAAUGGAAAAAAAAUUUUUUGAUAUAUAAGUGAUAAUUAGUAUAAUGAAAUCUAGAGCUAAUUCUGUUUAAUUUUAAACAAAUUGCGUUUUAAAACAUAAAUUUUGCAAAUUAAAUUAAUAUUUGCUUCCCAAUUUUUGCAAAUUAGGAUUGUUUUAAAAUUUCGAAAAAAAAUAUUUUUUAUAAAAUUUAUAUAUAAAUUUUUUUUUAAAAAAAAAAAAUUAACCCCCCUCCGUGAGCGAACAAAAUUUUUUUGUUCGCUCACGGAGGGGGGGGGGGGAGUAAGAGAUUUGUUGGACCAACUCAUGGUCAAAUUGAGAGAACAAGAGCCAAGUGAAGAUGAAAUUAAGUCGAUUUUGACUACACUUGAAAACUUGAACUUAGCAUCUAAGAAGUUAUAUGAAAAAGCAAGCGUUGCUGAACACCCAGAACUUGAUACACUUGUGGCUAGAAAGGAUAAAGUACCAACUGAACCUCACCAAUUGAUGCCUUAUUAUACUGAACUUGCCGCUGAUUGGUCUGAAUUCAACCUUAAUGAGAUUACCAAAGAUGGACCACCAGUCACUGAUGAAGAAGCUAGACAAGUUCACUAUGGAGUUAGCAAGAAGAUGAAACUUCACCCAGUUGUUAAGCUAACUCUUCUCCUAUGUAGAAGAGCGAAACAAAUGAAAAAAAUUGGAAAAAACUCUCAUUGAGAGCUUUAUUUUAUAAAAUAAAUGUAAUAUGCAAGUAAUUAUUAUAUUGAAGUAGCUAGCUAAUUCAACUUGCAUUCUAAAAUAUAAAUUUAACAAAUUAAAUUAAAUUUUAAUUUUUAAGAAUUAAAUUAAUAAAUACAUUAUUAAAGCAAAUUAACCCUUCUUUAAAUGUUUUGCUCGUUUAGGAACGAGGAGAAUAAGAGAAAUCAAGCCAUUCUUCGCUGGUCCAGAUCAUAACGAUGUCGCGAAAUUCAUUGUUUAUCUAAAUAAAGCUGUUGGAAUCCUCUCCCAAGCUCACCCUCACGAUGAGCAAGCUCUUAUUGACAAAUGCAGCAGGAGAUUUGAGAAGCUUACUGAGCUGACUCCUAAACGCGUAGGAAGACUCGCCACAAGAUACAGCAAAUUAAUUCUUAGACUCCUAGCUAAACUCCUAGAAAAGCCAGUCGAUGAAGUAAUCACCGAACUUGAAGAUCAAGCCACUACCACAGUUACUCAAAGAACUGGUAGCAAGACCUUCUCCACUGUCCUCUGGACUGAAAUUCUCAAAGGACAAGGACUUGAUGUCAACGCCGAGCUUAUUUGCGAAGCCUACAACAGAGAGCAAGCAAUGGCAAUCCCAGUCAUUGAAGCCAUGACCAAGUACUUCGGCACUCCUGAUAACAAGGUUGUUGAGAAGAACUUGAAAGCUAAGUCAGAAGACGUUCUGAAAGAAGACCACGCACCUAAGAUUGAGCAUUACGCUGGACUAAGGCUAGAGCAAAGCAGGUUGGUUAUGAGCUUAAAUGAUAAGGUCAUGAGCGUCUUAGAAAGACUAAGAGACAUCGACAGCGAUAAAGCAAGAACUGUCAAGGGGUCCAUCACUGAAACUGAAAUGGUUAUCCCAGAGGGAGAAGAUCUUCUUAAAGCUCAACUCAACCUCUUCAAGCAAAAAGAAGAUGAGUACUCAGCCCAGGAACUUGACAACGUCGUUGACUUAGUCUUAAGGCUGCUUGGAAGAAUCAACUUAGAAAGAGAGCUCCAAAAACUGAGAGAUGCAGCCAAGCCUAAAGAUAACAGGGAAGCUGAAACCAUUGAAAUGCUCAGAGCUAUCGAAGAGGCUGAAUUCAAGUCAAUUAAAGGAUCUUAUUCAACUCUUCAAACACUUGUCUCUCAAUUGUUCCCAAGCUUAGAAGCUGAUAUUACUCCUCUCAAGGCUCUCACUGAUCCUUCAGGAGUAGCAACUACAAUUCCUCAGUUAGCAAGCUCUAUCCUAGGUGGAUUUGACAACGCAAACACUAUUGAGCAAAAGAAGCAAUCAUUACUCAAUGACACUCCAAUUAAAGGAAAACUUGCAGAUUUAAUUAAAUUAAUUGCAGAAUCAGCAAGCGCUGAUGAUACCGAAACUGAUACAGUCUUCGCAGGACUUUUCAGAUUAUGUGGAUCAUCUGACGAUAAGGCCCAAGCCAAAGAUCUCAAAGAAGCAAGAGCCCUUCAACAAGGUGAGCCAAACACCAUCACUGAUUCACUUGACUUGGUUUCAACCAAUAUCAGCAAACUCCUUCCUUCCAGACAAUCACAAACCAAACUCCAAAGCAAGCUUGUCAAAGAGGCUGGAGGACUCAGAUCAAGCAUUGAUGACGUUGAUAUCCAAACUGAAGAUUUGCUAAAGAAGGCUAUAAGAGAAACAGCAAACACCAUUUCUUCUGACGAUGCCAAGACUAAAGAUGCUCUCGACAAGGUUAAGAAAGCAAUUGAAAAGAUCGAAGAAGAGUCGCCAGCUAACAUGCCAGAAGUCAUUCAAAGAGUUAUUCUAUAGUCGUCAUUAAUAGGAGUAAUAAUUUACUUUUACGAGAAAAUACACAUUUAUAGUAAAAUGCAUACUGAUAGACUUGAUCAAUGGGAGAAACUAGAAAGGCUUAGAAAAGAUUUAAGAGAAAGACUUUCUAAAGAAAUCAACAGACUCAAAGGAGAUGUCCAAGACAAACUCAACGAGCUGCAAACCACCAAGGCUACCUUUGAAGGCCAAAAAGUCCAAUACGAAGCCCAAAUUCACUUACUCCAAAACUCAGUCGAGCAAAACUCCAAACUAGUUGAAAAAUUAACUCAAGAAUCAGCUGAUAAAGAAACCGUCAUUUCUGAACUCAAGAUCAAAGUUGCUGAUGCAACCAAUGAAAUUGAGAACUUGAAGGAAGAAAUGUCAAGAACCACUGAAGAACUUGACGAUGCCAACAAGGAACUAACUCCCCCCCUCCGUGAGUGAACAAAAAAAAAUUUGUUAAUUUUUUUUUUUUUAAAAAAUUUAUAUAUAAAUUUUAUAAAAAAUAUUUUUUUUCGAAAUUUAAAAAAAAUCCUAAUUUGCAAAAAUUGGAAAGCAAAUAUUGAUUUAAUUUAUUAAAUUUAUGUUUUAAAAUGCAAUUUGUUUAAAAUUAAACAGAAUUAGCUCGAGAUUUCAUUAUACUAAUUAUCACUUAUAUAUCAAUUUCUUUUUUCAUAAAAAAAAAUUUUCUAUUAAAAAAAUUUUUGUCACUCACGAAGGGUGGUUUUUGGGCAAAAAAUAGGGAUUUUUCUAAUGGUUUUGUUCACUCACGGAGGGGGGGAGUAAGAAACAUCAGAAGAGUCAAUAAAGAAAAAGAUACCCAAAUCAGAGAUUUGCAAAACUCCUUAGACCAGCUUCAAAGAUCAAGCGAAAAGAACUUCCAAGGUGACAAAGAAAAACUCGAACUUUUGGACGCUCUUAAGAACGACCUUAGACAAGCCAGAGAAGAGCUUGCUGCUAAGUCCAAGCACGCUGAUGAACUUGAAGAUAUCGUCAAAGCUAAAGACAGAGAAAUCCAGAAACUGACUGGAGAAAAAGCUGAACUCGAAGAAAAACUAGCUGAGCAAAUCAGAGAAAAGAAUGAACUUAAGCUCCACAUAUUGAAGCUUGAAACUGAAAGAAACGAACUUGAAGAGAAACUCAAGCUCGGCCAAGCUGGAAACCCAGAAGAAAUUGCUUACCUUGAGCAUAUGCUUGAAGAUAAGGAUAAGGCACUAAACGAGCUUGAAGAACAGCUUGAAAGCGCUAGAAGAUACCAGCAGCUCUAUGCUCUGAUCAAAGAAGAAAAAGAAGAGCAAGACACUCAAAUCAAAUCUCAAGAAAUCGACCUCAGUGACUUACAAAGACGCAUCAAGGAGCUUACUAGCGAAAACGAAAACCUCAAGUACAAGACUCGUCAAGUCGACAAACUCCAAAAAGAUGUCGCAGCUCUGCAAAAAGAAAACCAGAACUUGAAGCAUAAGAUUGACUACCUUGAAGAAUUCAGUGGAGACAAGUCAUCAGACGUCCAAGAAGCCAUAAACAAAAUGACUGCUGAAAUCGCUCAGAAAGAAAACCAAAUUUCUGAACUCAACGACACCAUCGAUAAGCUCAGAACUGAAUUGUUAGGACUCCACACAAGACACUCUUUAGCAAUGAACAGAAACUUCUUGAUCAGAUUCAUCAACUCAUACAAGAACAAGCAACAGCAGUACUUCAGAACUUGGAUGAGCAAGAAGACCAUCAAAGGAGACUCUCACAUAGUUGUAGCAACCAGCACUAUUGAAAUCCCAGACAACGUCGAAGAAAAAGAAAAGAAACACUACGAAGCUGCUGCCAUUGAAAUGCAAGAGGACAAUAAGACCAUGAUUGAAUGCAACGCAGUCACCAAAGCAAUCAGAGAAGCUGGUAUUCCAAACGAAAAACCAAUCAGCUACCUGAACGUCUUCAAAUUCUUGGAAGAUCUUAUGGACAAGAAAUUCGAAGCUGACAGAAAAGACUUGUCAGAACGCAAAACUCCUAAACCAAUGCCUGACUUCUUAAUGGAGCACCUCAACAAGACCUUCGGUAUUUCUAAACUCGCUAUGAAGCAUUUAGCAGGGUUACUACCAGCUCUUGAUCAACUCUUCAGUGAAGGCAACAAAUAUGCUGCAUUCUACUGCAGACUUCUUCAAAUGUUCCACCCAGACCCAGUUCCUAGUAGCCUUUCUGUGUAUCUUGUCAGAGCUAGAGUUGGCUUCCACCCACUUAUUGACAAGCUAGAAAGAACAAGACAAAACCAAGGCAAGAAGGCAUCUGGACCUAAAGGAAAGGCAAGCGGCCGUGCUGCCUUUGAAGCUGCAGGCACUGGAGGAGUUGCUUUGUUAAGCGACGUUAUUGAGCUCCUGUACACCAUGUUUAUGGGAGACAGAGAAAUGGGAACCCUUGCCUUAGAAUACAUCAAACCAGAAGCAGUCUCACACGAAGAUUUUGUCGCCUACAAGAUUUGCCACAAGAUGGCCAAGCUCGGAAAGACCCCUGAAGCCAUCUUCAACAUGCUUGAUAAAGAUGCUGGUGGCACAAUUGAUGCCAACGAAUUUAUUAGCGGAACCAAAGAAGAUUUAGACCUUUGGAUAUCUGAUGAAAACAUCAAUAAGCUCAUGAGACUCUUACUCCCUUACUUGUAAGAAAAUUAUAAAUUAUAACAUUUCGUUAUCAAGAAAAAGUUUAUUUUAGUAUAACUUUUGGAUAAUAUUUUAUGUAAAGUAAUUAAGAAAAAUAUUAAAAUUUAGAUAGCUUGCAUCCUAAGACAUAAUUUCGGUUUUUCAAGCCAAAACAAUUUUAUUGCAAUUCUAUAGCGUCUUCAGCGCUAUAGAGUAUUGACAAAUGCUUAUCCACAGAAACUCGAAGCUGACGAGCCCCUAAAGAUGGCGAGUCAACUCCAAGUCAACAAAUCCUUGCAAAAGAAUGUCCUUAGUCAGCUUGGAAUUGCUAGUCAUCUUUGGCGGCUCGCCAGAGCCCCAAGUUGCUGUGUAGAAGCAUUUGUCAAGGCAAGCUAUAGCGCUUCAAUUGCUAUACAUAAAACUUAAAAAGAAUUACCUUCCUUUAGCGAGCAGGGAUCUUGCUUGCAGCAAGGGUAGAGUUAGAUACAAGAGGAAAUGGAGAAAUCACCAAAGAAAGCUUUAUGGCUAAGAUUAACAUGAAGAACCUUAUGGAAUGGAAUAGAAGUGAAGAUUGGGUUGUCAGCAAGGCUAGCUAUUUGGUAGCUUUAAUUGACGUUUACAAAGCCAAGCAAAGAAAAGAUACCGCAUUCUUGUUUGGAGAAUACGAAGCCUUUGGAACUGAAGGAGUUAACGCUGAACAAUUCAAAUCAGCUGCACUUAAAUAUGAUCCUUGUCUUUCUGACGAAAGAGUUGCACAAAUCUGGGCUGAAGCAAGCCAAGGCAACGACUCAAUUGGGCCUAAACUGUUCGUCAAAACUAUCACUAAGUAUGGAAUUGGCGGAUAUGGAUUUGGAACAUUCUUGAUUAGAGAAUUAAUGGAUGCUCUUGCAGAAGCGAAAGCAGAAGACGCUAAAAGCCAAGCAUAA